AUGCGCCUCAAUUUUCUGUCUGCUUUGCUACUUAGCAUACUCACCAGUAGUCUGUGCCAUGACCAUGUUACCAGGAAUGAGAAACGAUCUGUCAUGGUCGAAACUAUUCAUCGAUUUACUCCAAACUUAAAUAUCAGUCUCGAAAACCUUGCCGUCCGACAAACUGGCGAAAUCAUUGUCACAUUUGACAGCGAACCAACGAUCUAUCAGAUUGAACCAGAGGUCAACGGGACUGGGACUUUUAUCUAUACCUUUGAAGGAUACACGGAUCUACAUGGGAUAGUCGAGGUGCAACCUGACCAAUUCUACGUUACGGCCGGUAACCUCUCUUUGGUCACCCACAUCGACGUCUUGGGUUCCUGCUCCGUAUUUCACGUCAAUAUGACGCGGUUCCCCGACUACGUCGAGGUCAACAAAGUAGCCGAUUUCCCGAAUUCCCGCAUUCUGAAUGGCAUGGCGCUCCUUUCUAAAGAAGAAGGAUUGGUGUACAUCGCAGACAGUCGGGUAGGCAUUGUGAAUAUUCUCAAUGUGAACACCGGAGAGAAUUUCGUGGCUAUCAAUAACUCGCUCACGAACCAGCCUCCAGGUGCUAGCGAGAUAUCUAAUUGUGUUCACGGUGUACAUGUUGUUCAACUCACACCCUACUCUCAAAAGUACCUUUACUUUUCCAACUAUGCACAGGGCAUCAUCGGUCGCGUCCCCAUUCAUGACAGUGGCCUCGCUUCAGGAGCUGCCGAGGUUGUUGCUGGAAAUCUGACAACACCAGAAGACUUCAUAUUAGACACAGAAGGAAACAUAUUUUUGGCUCUGUUCCAGGCAAACCAGUUCAUUCGAAUCGAUGCACACACACACGAAAUUACAGUGUUGGCGGGCAGUCCAGACAGCUCGGAAUACAAAUGGGCUGCGGCAGUAGAAUUUGGGAGAAGAGAAUCCGACAAGGACAGUCUUUAUGCUACCAUUGAUGGUGGAUAUCUGGAGUCCGACAAUGUUGGGGGUGCGCUUUUCAGAAUUAGGGGCGGAGAUAUUGCAGUGAAUUAG